UCACGCUCAUGCUGGCUGGAGCAAAAGGACUGUCGUGCUAGCGUAGUCUUUGCUAAAACGGUAUUUUAUGUUUUUCAUAUUUGUAAAGUAAAAACAUUAGUUGGCAUUUUCUUUUAAUAGUUACAGUUAACGCUAUUUAUAUUUGCAAAGUUGUAGCAAUAAGUAACCGGUCUCAUGCGAUCAGGCGGCUAGGCCUCGUCUGGUCCGCAGUGUUUCGAAGCAAGAAUGCAUCCUUCUUGGGGCGGUUACGGAGGGGGACACCAGCCUCCUCCACACGCCGGCCCGCGGCCGCAUCAGUUCAGAGCAUCUCAGCCUGCAGGAGGAGGACAUGGGGGUUAUGGAGCUCCAACAACUAUUACAGGGUCAUCUAAUUUCUCUAGUUUUCAUGAACAACAUUUACAACAGAUGCAGCAGUUGCAGCAGCUCCAUCAAAAGCAACUUCAGUCUGUACUGCACCACUCCGGGGGCAGUGGUCCUGGAUUUGGCAGCGGCCCUCCAUCAUACUGGCAAACAAGCGGUGCUGAUCAUUCAGCGCCCCCAAACAAUUUUCAAGACCCAUUAUCCAUUAAAGGAUCUGCGGGCCUUCCUCAGCUUCCACUGUCGGAACCGAAGCCUCCACCCCCCGAGUCCUCAUUUUCAUCUGCAGCGCAGAAUCAAGCUCCAAAACCAAAGGUUAGCGAAGCCAGCGGGUUGGAAGCGGAUAAAAAGCCCGACUUUUCUUCGAUGUCUCAACAGGAGCAGCAGGACUAUUGGUACGAGCAGCACCGUCAGAAUUUACAGAAGCUUAAAAAUGAAACGUCGAAGCAGAACCAGAAUUUAGUCAGUAACUCAUCAAGUGGAAACAGCCAAGAUCCACCACCUCCAGCUGAACCCCCCAAAAGUGCCCCUCCACCGCCACCUCCCAAUGAAGAGCCCCCUCCACCUCCACCACCCGAGGAAACAAAGCCCAGUGGUAUUAGUGAUGCAGGAGACCCAGCGGAAGUCGCCCGUCUACAGCAGCUUCAAGCAGCAGCUGCACAUUGGCAGCAAGUGCAACAUCAGAGGGCCAGCUUUCAGUACCAGGCCCUGAUGCAAGAGCAUGCUCAACUACAACAGAUCCUGCAGCAGUACCAACAGAUUAUUCAACAGCCAGCACAUCUCCAGACAAUGCCCCCGGACAUGCAGUUGCAACACUAUGAAUUACAACAACAGCGGUUUGCUCCAUUGUUCCAAGAAUGGGACAGACACUUUAGAUUGUGGCUAGAACAGUUUCAGUCAUAUCCACACAAAGACCAGCUACAGGAUUAUGAAGCGCAGUGGAGACAAUGGCAAGAACAAAUGAAUUCAACUUCCUCUCAUCUGCAAGAAAGAGUCACAAGUCUUAGAGCUAUGCAGCAUCCCUAUGGUACUGGUCCUGCUUAUGGAGGCAUGAUGGGACAAUAUGGACAAAAUAGGCCCCCAGGACCAAAUGGAAACAUUCAUUUAACCAGCCCAGGGGUCCCAUCUAUGCCUCAACCUGUUAACAUGGAUGCCAUUUCUGGACAUGGUCCUCCAGAUUCUGGACCAGUUAUUACACAAGUUCCAUCAUCUUCAAAACCUCCAGAAGUUUACUCGCCUGCUGUGAAAGAUUCUGUUCCUGAAACAUAUAAAACUACUGGAUCUGCCGGAGGACCAGGCAUUAGACCUCCCGGACCCAUUGGAAAUCAAAGAUUUGAGGGUACCAGAGGCCCACGGUUUGAUCAGCAACAACAGCAACGGUUCAGUGGGCCACCUAGGUUUGACAAUUGUCAGCGGUUUAACAGACCUCCCAGAGCCAGUGCUCCUUGUCCAGAGGCUGUAAGGAUAUUUGACAAUCCUCCUAGGCAGAAUCUACCCACACGCUUUGAAAGACCACCACCUCAACAGCCAGAGUUUCGUCCGCAGUCCAGUCUUGGUCCUGGCAAUCAAACAAAACAACAGUCAUCUAAACCUGAUGUACCACCAUCAUCUCGAUCUCAUACAGGUCCAGAAAAAAUAAAAAAUUCUGUUGAUGAUGAAAAAGAUGGUGCUACCACUUCUCAGUCACUGACAGAUGACAUAUUGGACUCGGAGGAUGGAUUUUUUGUUCAGAGCGGACCCAUUCCUCAAAGUCAGGAUAAAACUUCUGAAGUUGUAAUUUUACAGCUUGCUAAACCGGAUAAGAUGAAAGCAGAUGAUAUGAAAACAUCAUUACCUUCAGAAAGUUUAACCACCACAAACAAAAACCCCAAAAAUUCUGCCUCACAACCUCCUAAAGCUGGUCAUAGGACUAAUGGGCCACCACAACAAACAAAGCUUUCUCAACAUGACCAGUUUAAACCUGAUGCCCCUAAGGAGGCUCCCAGAGGCUCACAGGAUAUAAAUCAGACAGUCCAGCCGCAUGGCAUACGUGGAAGAGGAAGGGGCCAAGGCCCGAUACCUCCACAAGGCAGGGGCCAAGUCCCGAUACCUCCUCGAGGCAGGGGCCAAGUCCCGAUACCUCCUGGAGGCAGGGGCCAAGUCCCGAUACCUCCUCGAGGCAGGGGCCAACUCCCGAUACCUCCUCGAGGCAGGGGUCAAGUCCCGAUACCUCCUCGAGGCAGGGGCCAAGUCCCGAUACCUCCUCGAGGCAGGGGCCAAUUCCCGAUACCUCCUCGAGGCAGGGGCCAAGUCCCGAUACCUUCUCGAGGCAGGGGUCGUGGACGUGGUCGAGGGCAGUUCGGAGGACAGGAUCCCAACACUCCGAGAGAAAAUAUGGAGGAGGCUCCAUAUGAUCACCAGGCAUCUGAAGACACGCCCAGAGAGGACCAUGAUUUGGCCUGGAGAGAGCCCUCUUUAGAUGAACCUGAAAGAGUGGAUGACCAGGGUGCACCCUAUGAGAUGUGGCAUCCAGAGGAGCUCCACCUGUCAGAACCAUACCAUGAACAGCCUAGAGAUAGAAGAAUUCCGGUGGGUCUCAGUGAGCAUCUAGACCGCACCCAUUCAGAAGAGCACUGGGAGGAACCAUCACAAGAUUACUGGGAGGAGGAGGAUUCAUACUGGACAGAAAGAAGACCUCCCAUCAACACUAGACUUCCAUUUCCUCCAGGUGGCCCUAGAAGGCCCCCUUUUCAACCCCGGUUUAUGCAUCAUGGCCCAAUACGACCCCCUCCUCCUGGGUGUAUGGAACAGGGACCUCCACACAUGAAUCGUGGGGGUUUAGGCCCACGAUUGAGGCGUGGUGCAGGCCCAUGGAGACCUCCACCACCACGACAGCCACCUGUACCACAUGAAGGCUUGAGAGAACCUGAUCAACCUGAAUAUGCUGAUGAAGUGGAGAGAGAUCCUGGAUGGCAUGGAAGAGGACUUCAACGGCCUCCUUUACCUCCUCAUGAAAUAAUAGCUAGAGGUGCAAGACCACCCAUGAGACCCCCAAUGCCAAGGGACAGGUGGAGUAGAGAGAUGGCUCAUGAAGGAGCACAUGAGGAGGAAUAUCAAUGUAGCCCUGAGGAUUUUAGGUACAAAAGGCCAGCUCAUGAAUAUUCAGAUUACGAGCAAGAUGAAGAGUAUUACAGUUCUCAUGAUGAAUGGGGCAGGAGGCAUCCUGAUCGAGAUUAUCCACCACAUGGUCCACCAGAGCCCAUUAGAGAAAAUCGGUGGUUAGAAGAAAGUGAAAGAGUGUUCCCAUAUGAGGAAGAGGGAUUAUAUAAUGAAGAAAGAAGGCCUGGUUAUCCUGAUGACCCACCAUAUGGUGAAAGGGAGCCUCCAUUUCACUCUCAGCCUGACUGGGAUAGGGCCCCACCUCCACCCCCAACAGAAAGAGGUUAUUCUCAUCCGGUUUGUGAAUCUAAUGCACAUUUUGAGAGAAACCUAGAUCCCUCAGCUGGCCUGCCCCCAUCUCAAGCACCAGACACCCCACAUGAGCAGUCUUCACCUGGUGCAGCUAAAACUGUACUUGCUCUUUCUCAAAGGCAGCAUGAGAUCAUCCUCAAAGCUGCCCAGGAGCUGAAAAUGAUAAGAGAACUGCAGGAAACUAAGACGUUAGGAGAAGCUGUCAACCAAGAAUCGAUUGGGUUGCCUUCACUUCCCCCUGGUAUUCUUGGAUUGGAAAUUCCACCUGAGGUUAAAAGUGCUCUUCAUGCUACCAAUUUAUUAUCAGAAAAAGGACAUACUACUGAUAAACCCAUAGAAGUUGGCUUGCUCCCUUCAAAUCAAACGGCAGACUUUACUUCAUCAGCACCUGUCCCUACUGCCACCUUCAUUACUAAAACAGUGGACUAUGGGCAUGGGCGUGAUGUGGGUACUACGGUGGAAAGAAUUUCUUAUGGAGAGAGGAUAGUGUUAAGGCCUGGCCCAAUGCCACAUGAACGACCUUAUGAGAAAGGGUUAGAGCCACUUGGCUACCGAGAUCCCUACUAUGACAGAAGAAAUGACCCAUAUGGUGGUCCCAGGAGUUACGACAGGGAGUGGGAGCGAGAUCCGUACAGGGAUAAACCACCUAUGGACUAUGAAAAAGACAGAUAUGAAAGAGACCGUUACUUACAAGAUGAACGUCCUCCACUCGGGCCUCGUCCAGGGCAUAGGGAUAGAGAAAGAGACUACCCAAGCCGCUUGAGCAGGGAGCGAGAAAUGUUUAACCGGACAGGAUAUGACAGAUCUUCCUAUGAACGGAGUCUUGAGCAUUACGAGCAUGGGUCCUCAAGCUAUGCAAAUGAUCGGAGGAGUUAUUCAGAUGAGCGCCCUCCUCCAUCCUCAUCAGUGCCCCCUUCUACAUCUGUUGCUCCUCCUCGUGUGGAGAAGAAACCAGAGACAAAGAAUGCUGAAGACAUCCUCAAACCCCCAGGGCGAGAAACCAGACCUGAAAGGAUUGUGGUCAUAAUGCGUGGAUUACCGGGAAGCGGCAAAAGUCAUGUAGCAAAACUUAUUAGGGACAAAGAAGUUGAAUGUGGUGGUGCGCCACCCAGAGUCCUGGGUCUGGAUGAUUAUUUCAUGACUGAAGUGGAAAAGGUUGAGAAGGACCCUGAUACUGGGAAACGUGUCAAGCACAAGGUGCUUGAAUAUGAAUAUGAACCAGAAAUGGAAGACACAUAUCGAAGCAGUAUGCUGAAAACAUUCAAAAAAACACUGGAUGAUGGAUUCUUUCCUUUCAUAAUUCUGGAUGCCAUCAAUGAUAGGGCGAAGUACUUUGAUCAGUUCUGGAGUGCUGCUAAGACAAAAGGAUUUGAGGUUUAUUUGGCUGAAAUUACUGCUGAUCAUCAAACAUGUGCAAAGAGAAACAUACAUGGACGGACACUAAAGGAUAUUACAAAGGUUGCCAAUGGCUGGGAAUCUGCUCCACCCCAUAUGGUACGACUUGACAUCAGGUCACUACUUCAGGACGCUGCUAUUGAAGAUGUGGAAAUGGAAGACUUCAACCCAUCUGAAGAAGAACCAAAAGCUGAAUUGAAAAAGGAUGACGAUGAUGAGGCAGAUCUGAUAAGCUGGACGGUCUGGCUGGUGGAGGGAAGAGAAAACGUCAUGCUGAUGUGGGCAUGGAGGAUUUCCUUCAACUGCCUGAUGAUUACGCCAGUCGCAUGUCUGAACCCGGCAAAAAGAGGGUACGCUGGGCCGAUCUUGAGGAGAAGAAGGAUGCAGAUAGAAAGCGUGCAAUUGGUUUUGUAGUUGGUCAAACAGACUGGGAGAAAAUCACAGAUGAGACUGGCCAGCUUGCACAAAAAGCUCUUAACCGCACAAAGUAUUUUUAAGGCAUUUUGUAAAGACAUUCUUUGUACAGCAUUUAAGGUGGGUUUCUUAAUCUCAAAAACUUAAAUAUUUAUUUAGCUUUUUAAAUUGAUAGCUACAGACAUGACUUAUUUCUUGUGAACAUUUAACGAAAUUUACAUUGUGCAUGAUUAUGUCCAUAUAUACCCCUCAUAAUUUAUCAUUACUUUGAUAACUUUUUAUGGGAUAGUUCACACAAAAAUGAUAAUUAUUUCAAACCCGUUUGUCUUUCUUCUACUGAACAAAAAAGAAAGUAUUUUGAAGAACAGCAUCCAAACAACUGUGGUAAUCGUUGACUUGCAUUGUUUUUGUUGCCAUAACAUAAAGUAGUGGGGCACAUUUUGAUACUUGAAAAUGUAAACAAAUUUGAGCUAUCAAUAUUAAGUUAAACUAAAUAGCAUGUAGCACAAGAAAUGCAGGCAAAACACAUAUGAAAUAAUAUUAUUGAAAUAAACUUGAAUAAAUCUUAAAGAAUCCUAAGGAUUUCAGUGCUUGCUUUCUAGAUCAGGGGUUCCCAAAUUUUUCAGACCACGACCCCCAAUAUUAGACUGCUGACGACACGCGUCUUUUCGCAUAAAUACGUUGAGCCAAAUUGCAUGAGUACAUCCAACGCGGCUUUCGACGACUGUGGAUAUUCCAGCGCAACAGAAACCCAGAACUUGAACAGUUCUAUCAGCGCAUCUUCCAUAUCUGACGCCAGAUUAUUUUCCGUGGUUACAUUAAAUGGUGACCUUAUCCAGUCAUAUUGGUCGGGAAGUUUUAUUUCCAGUUUAUUUCAAUUAUCCUAAAUUUAUACUCGCAUCAUUACUACCUUUUUUAACAUAUACAUUUUUUUUUUUAAAUUAAGUUUCUGUAAAUCAUCUCGCAGCCCCCCUCCCCCCACUACAGGGGGUCGUGACCCCCACUUUGGGAACCACUGUUCUAGAUGACAGUAAACUCACAUUUAACUUUUAAAACAUUAAAUGGCUGAAAAAUAGACAAUAUUUUAAGUAUAUCUCAAAUACCUUUAAACCAAUGACCAAUAGAAAUAAAUUCCAUGUAUACCAUUGUUUCCGUCAUUCAUCGGCAGUCGUUGUUGUCGAGCCCUUUUCGUUUCGUGUUCUGCGGAAGACAGAAUCAUACGGGUUUGUCAUGAUUUACUCACCCUCUUGUCAUUUUAAUUUUCUUUUUUUGGGUGAACUGUUCCUUAAAAGUAGUUUAAGGCGUCAUUUACAUGACUUGUGUGACAAUAAAAACAUUUUUAUAUUAUACUGUCUAUAUCAGAAAAUAAACUAUUCUGUAUAAUGUAUAAUUCAGCCAUUUUUUCAUUUUGCAGGUCAUCAGUCCAUGAAAUUCUUUUCCAUACUUUGCUGUCUGCUGAAGAAAGGUCCUUGUCCCUUGUUAAGAUACAGACAUUUACAGUAUACAUUUAUUUGAUAGUACAUGUGAAACCUUGGAGUAAUAUCUUGAAGAAUAAUUUUUGUUUUAUCUUAUUUUUAGUAGGUUAAGCAUUGUGUGAAGUUUUGUGUAUGUAGUAAAUAUGAUUGUAGUUGGGAUUCCUUAGGUGAUAUUCCUUUUUUACAUUUUAUUACAAUAUAUUUCAAUGUAUUUGUCCAUGAGAAGUUCUUGUGUUCACCACAUCAAAUAAAGGUUAAAAACAGCCUAAAAAACCUUCAUACAACAAUUUGUGCAAUGGGGAAAGUCUUUAUAUUAUUAACGCAAGACACAAUACAUGUAAACUUGGUUUGCUAGCUUGGGGUCACAAAUGAUUGACAGACCUUAUCAUGAUGUGAUUGGCUUUGCUAACUUUUACCUGACUGGCCACACAUUUUGUCAGCACUUUGAAAGAACAUUUAAUUUAUCCAAUGCCAUAUUGCAACCUGAACACUACACAUUUAAUUUAAAACAUUCAUUUAUUGCUCCAAUACAUUUUUUUAAGUAAGCUUUGUUAAACAUCCCUCACUUUGGAUCUUCUUUAUUUUUCCCGAGAAAUUAAUCCAAUGAAUACACAAUGGGUAUUACAUCACUUGUAUUGUCAAGUGCUCUACCCUCCAGUGAUGUUCAUUAAAUGCUCAAUUUUAUUAAGCUGUAACAAUGGACAGAACGUUCUGUAAAUUGAUAUAGUAAAAAUAAUUACACUAAAGGUAAGUGCGAAGAGACUAAUUAUUAAUGUUUCAUUAGUACUGCACCUGAAAUGUCUGGUAUCAUUUCAAGUGAGAAAACUUUAUAUUAUUAUGAUAUUAUCAAUUUUAUAAACUGUUUAUUGUAUAAUGCUCUUUUGAUUAAUUUUAUAUAUGAACCUUAAUGUCUGCAACAACAUAUUCUGGGGUAACAUGAUAAUAAAAUGUGGCAGAUUGCUGGCAGCUUAAAAAUGAAGAAUUAUAGAAUUAAAAAGUCAAAUCUUUGGAACGAUAUUAUUAACCAAUUUACAGUCCUUGUUUAUAUUAUUGGCAUUCUUUUUAAAUAUGAGCAAAGAAUGCUUUGGAAAUAAAUUGGCAUUUAUCCUUUUGAUCUUUGACAAAAAUAAUGUACCCUUAAAGUUAAACAAUCGAAGGCAAACACAAUAUUUUUGUGUCGGGUGGGUGAAAACCUUUAAAAAUGAUUGUUGGUGUCAGUUGUUAUGUGAAACGUAUAUAUUUUUAUAGCUUUCAAAGGGCACUUACAUUGGUCACCCUGGAUGUAACAAAGUGACGCGAAUGUGAACACUUGACAGUAUAAAGCAAUAGUUUGCACAAGAUGAAAAUUCAGCUGUCAGUGAUUUAUUACAAUACUCUACAACUAUGAACCUUUCUUAAAGGGAUGGAAUCAAAUGGCUAUAAACUGCCAUUGACACUACAUUAAAUUUGCAAAAAUGGCUAUACAGAAAAUGAACAUUUCUGUGGUCAACUUACUCUCACACUCUGAAAAGCGUAAAUAGAUGAAUAUGUGGACCCCUAAAGGGUCAUAAAUUGCAACAAAAGUGGACCAUGUACCUAAGUGUUUGCAACUCUUAAGCUGUAGUAACUGUUGGAAAUAUACUGCCAUUGCUGGAAAAACUAUUUCCUUCAAUAUUGAAGUGUGUCAUGUUAAGCUGGUGUCUGCUGAUGUUCCACUUGUCUCAUCUUUUUCAGCACAAUGUCUGUUUUUGAUUACAUCUUGCCUUUUUCUUUUAGAAAUCUGUAAUGCUUCCAAUUGACCCUUCGCAAAGCCCGCCCCCUUUUGCUAUGUCCGACAUCAGCCAAAGCGCUCCCACUGCACUAUGGAUGUGAAAGUGACUCGGAAUAAAGUAAACAAAAUACAGAUCGAAGCUCUAGCCUAAAGUACUGUGCUUGCUGUAACGAGCAAGCACAUUUAUGAUGAUUAUGACGACUAAGAUUCCACAGUGACAUGACUUUAGCUGGGAUCAUGUGACGGCCAGCAAACAAAUGCAAAGGACCUUUUAAAACGGCAAAAUGCGCAGCCCGUUUAACUCUGUGGUUUGAAUGUCGGACAAAAUGACAAAUAGCAACAGGGGCAUAAUAUCGGCGUUAUGAUUUGUCCGGUCAACUGACAAUCAAACUACACGCCAAGGGUCAAUUAGGAAUAGAGAAAGGGUGACCGAAUAAAUGAUUACUUGAUUGUCUUUAUGGGUUUCUUUUCAUGGGUUGUGGAACAAAUUAUAUGUUGAAUACAAAUAUUUAAUUGCCUACAUAUUGUAUGCACAUCAUGAAGUAACUUGACUGUGUUGGGGGCUUUCUUGCCUUUUUGGCUUAGCAUUAAAAGUAUUAGCUGAGUCAUAAAUGGGAUGUGUCUAAUCACUCUGGAGACAAGAAAAUUCCCUGGUGCAGAAGAUGACCGAUGGCACCACAAGAACUACAUUCCCCUAACCUUCACUAGCGGCUCUCUUUAUCUGCAACAAAGUCCCAAAGAAAAGUCAGAAAUGUACUAUUUUAUGUACUAAUUAUAAUAUUGCACUAGAAUAAUUGACUAUUAUAAUAUUGCUAUAUUUUAUUUUAUAUAAAUCCGAAGUGAGAUCUAGCAUCCACUUGCUGAGAAGUGGAGUUGAGAUGACUUAAGUUGCAGUAGGCUCUUCCUAGCAAAGACAAUGCAUUAUGAAGACGUCGCCAGUUAAUUUUAUUAAUUAAAAUUUAAUUUAAUGUGUUUAACUUAAAUUAGAAAGAACAUGCCUGUAUGGUAACUGGGAAGUUCUCGUUGUGCCCAAGGAGCAUUUUGGUACAUCCUUGUGACCAGUAUGGUCUGGUCCAUGUGCAUCUUGGGACGUGAUUACCACAUUCAAACCACGUCCAAUGUUAUGUCGUCACAACAAAUAAGGGACUUACAAAGUUUUGUUGCUGUACCAAAUGUGCUCCAGUUUAUUUGUCCUUAAAACAUAACUGUUGCAUGCUUUAAAUAAUGGGAAAAAAUGGUUUAUGGCAACCAUGCCUGGUGUGUAAGGUUUGUUUCUGGAGCAAUAACUUAUGUCAAUUACGUAAUUCACGAUUUGCAGAUAAAUUGUCUUCUCAUGUCUGCCAUAGUACACUCAACUGCAGUAAAAUAAACAUAAUUACAUGAAAUUGUAUUUAAAGGAGCCGUAUGUAACAUUGACACCUAGCGGUUGAGCUUGGUAUCUUAGUCCAAAUUCGAAAUAUUGGCAAGGGUUUUUCCCCGCCUCCUCAGACUCCUUACCCUCAUGAUUUGCGAGGCACUGACAGGUGUGUCAUGGAAAGCAUCAAAACUUUAACUGAAAGUUUAACUGAUAAUUUAUACGUUUGCAGUGGUUUUGUUGUUUGGGUUUAUUACUCGAUUAGCAGCUUGUUUGCAGGAGGUUAUGCCUCCAGGGGUCGCAUUUACGGGCCAUACUGCUGUCUCUUUUAACUAACAGAAAAAAAAUGAUAUUCCCCCUUGUAAGUUAUAAUUAUAUAGUAAUUCUUUAAGUUUGCAACGUAUUUGUACCGGAAGGUGAUUGUUUGUUUUCUGCAAUAUGCUGUGAUUGUCGCCAACUGGCAACAGAUGUUUUGAAAUACACAAGUGGGUCAAUCGUCAGUGGGCGGGGUCACACGGAAUAAAACAAAAACAGACAUUCCCGGACGGAAUGCACAUUUCAGAGUGGACAUAUAUGAAUAUAGCAUGUUUCUUAAAUGUCUAUGAACAUAUAAAGGUAUUGAUUUGAUUUAAUACAGUAAAAUUAUUACAUACAGCUUCUUUAAAAUAAAUAUAACAUCAGUCAAAAUAAAUCUGCAUUGUUCCUUCUUUUGGCCUAUUUCAUUGGAGCAAAACAAUUGAAGGAGGAA